CUUGUCGAGUGCUUUUGACGACCCCCAAGUGUGUUUUGUGUGUAUCGUUUUAGGAAGCUCGUAAACGUGGCAAACAGGGAAUGUGUGUCGUGUUGUGAUGUGGUUCUAGUUUGAGUUGGACCAGGGCAACUUGGAUGUGCACUUCGAAGGCGAAGCUCUGGCCGCAAGGAUGAGUUGCACUGAGGUGAUGUACCAGCCCUAUUCUCCGUACUUUCCUUACCAACGACCAGCGACAGUAACGUCGUGCCCCGGCUCGGCGAGCAUCUCCCAGGCAGCAUGCCUCGACUAUAAGAGGUUUGUCAACUCGAAGAUGCAAGAUGUGCUCUCAACAUCCUCUUCGUCAUCACCGCCCGUGCACGCCGCACCGCCACCACCUCUGCAGCAGUCCUUGCCUCACCAGACGCACCAGCAUCAACAUCCCAGCGGGCGUUCUUCGUCGUCUUGUGCUGUCGCAUCGGCUUCUUCAUCUCCGGUGAGCCGUGUGGCCCCGGAGGAGAGUAACGGUGCCAAGGUGUCUUCUCCCAUAACCGGGGCCUCAGGGUCUUCAGCGGACGCGCAGUAUUUGUCUGCGAACUGUGUUGUGUUCACGUACUACAGUGGUGACAUAUCUUCCGUGGUGGACGAACAUUUCUCCCGUGCCCUCAGUCAACCGAGCAGCUACGACUCCGCCAGGAAAGGACUAACAGUAAAAGACACCCCACCCAUGUCUCAAAGAAACUUCCCGGCAUCCUUCUGGAACUGCAAUCAACCCGCAUCGAGUGCAUCUAGUGUAGCCGCCAUGGGCAGCAUGGCAACGCCUCAUCCAGCGGACCUGUAUCCGAGUGAUCCUUACCACCAUGGGGCAGCGGGAGCUGCCCUGCACGCCAGCUUGCAGAACGACCCCUGGCACUACGCGCUCACUGCACCUCAAGGCGCUCCGUACAGGUCGUCAGCUAUGCACGAGCUGGCCUAUUCAGCUGCGGGAGGGCCGAACCGGUUCAACCCGCACCAGUAUGGCUCUCUGCUCCUUCAACCAUCGGUGCGUUCUUCGCGGCUGAAUCCAGUGAGCGCCACUUGUGCAGCGAUGGAGAAGGCUUCUGACUCUUGGACGGGAGCCAGGUAUCACCACGACCAAAUCACGGGAAACAUUGGGCAUCUAGAUGGUAACUACGGGACUCCAGCAUACGGCACGAUGGGGACAGCUAUGACAGAUCCCACCACCGGAGGCUACAUGCUGGAGUUGUACAAGUUCCAAGCGAUGCAUGCUUACCGGUGACCCAGGUUCGACCAAGAGGCUGGAAGGUCAAGUUCAGGACGCCGGCAAGGACCUCUACUGGUUCUGAAACAUCGUCACCUCUUCUUCUUCCUCGUCAACAUCAUCAUUACUGAGACUAUGUACGACAGAGUGCUGUUCCGCGAGACUCCCACAUUGUGAAUAGUCCACCAUAUCUCGCGCAUAGGACUGCAACGAGAACAUAAUCAUCGACCCCUUUUUAAUUUAUGGCCUGUAAUGUUAUUCUCCUUCUAGAGGGUGUUCAAGUGCUAGGCAAGUGCUUCUCUGUUCAUCCUUCCUCCGGUUCUCAUAUGUAUGACGUGUGGAUUUACUCCUCUUGGGAAGUGUCCGAUCGUAAAGGAGUAAAAAAACAACCUAGACGUGUAUGCUUUGUCCCUAUCGACAGCGCAGUGGAAAUGGAUUGAUUGAUAAUACCAUUCACUUUGCUACAGCUGUCGAUAUACGAUACGAAAUAGCUAGUCAUUAUUUUCUGUCUUUAUUAUUAUUAUUAUUAUUAUUGAUGAGAUGAAUAUCAGAGUUGCGAACAAUAUAAUGCCAGCUUAUUGUCGGUUUAGAUCCCAUGUGUCAUAUUUCGUUAGCUCUUCUCAAAAACGUUGGUUGCUUGAAGGAUUAUCGGAACUCUGUAUAGCGAUACUGUGUUUCAACUGCCGCCAUGUAGCUGCUGGGAGUCUGUAUGGCCUUUUCUCGGAAUGAUUUGCAUUUCUGUGGUCCUCUGGCUGUAUUUCAUUCUUGUCUUUUGUACUAUUCUGUUUUAUGACUAUUUGAUACUGGAACUAAUAUAACACUAUAAGUUUCCACUAAACUCUUAAAACAGGACUUCAUCACAUAAUACGUUGGAGGCCAACCGCUCCAAAGAAUGCUACUUUUACGACUCCUUGUUCGUGAAAACUAACCAGACUACGUAAGUGCCGCAAAAAAAAAAGAAGAAGAAGAAAAAAGAAAACAAGAAAUCAAGGGAGAGAACGAUGUCAUUCGAAAUGUUGGUUGACUAGGAGCGUCUCUUUCUUUCUUUUUUUAGAAUCACGGCCAGCUUUGCGGUGAAGUUCUGCUUUAAGAACGCAUAUAAAUACGCUUAGAAACCAUGCUCCCACUGUUAUCUGUUCUCCUGUGCCAAAUUUGCAUUGACGUAGCAACUUCAAUUCGUAAGAACGAGAUGGUCAUUGCGAAGUGUAAUAUACGCUACAAGCUGUCAUGCUCCCCAAAAGGAGUGAAUUCACGUGCCGCAUAGAACGUCCUUGUUUUUAAGGGGACGCACAUAAUAACCAGCAGAAGUUGCCGUCUGUGGUUCUCUAUCUCUAGCGCCUGUUCCCCCCAUCCUUCGUCGGGGGCCCUGCUAUGUAUUUAUUAUUUGGAGAAAGACUACGUGUGUCGCCCAGGCGGCCAUAUGAUUUUCCAACAUUUCUUCGGAGUGCUGUACAUAGAAUAAAAUAAAUAUUUGUUUCGACUUUCGCAGAUGA